GUUAAUUUAAAAAAAUGUCUAAAGCAUGGAAACUUAAGUUGCUUCUUCUACUUCAACUGCUACUUUUGAGUCAACAUGAUGUUGAUUCAGCUUCUGUGAUUAGCUAUCUUCCUGGUUUCGAAGGUCUUCUUCCAUUCCACCUUGAAACUGGGUUUGUUUCCUCUGCUUUUCGAUUUUCGUAACUAUUAGUAACAACAAUCUUUUGAAUGUAUCUUCUUCAUUAUGGAAAGCUACAUUGGUGUUGGUGAGGGAGAGAAAGUGCAGCUUUUCUACUACUUUAUCAAAUCAGAGAACAAUCCUGAAGAAGACCCUCUUAUUAUCUGGUUAACUGGAGGACCAGCUUGCACUGCUCUCUCCGCACUUGCUUUCGAGAUCGGGCCGUUGACUUUUAAGACUGAGGGUUACAAUGGAGGUUUGCCUUCUCUUGUCUCCACUUCAUAUUCUUGGACAAAGGUAGCUAGCAUAAUAUUCUUGGAUCAGCCUGUUGGGACUGGCUACUCCUACUCAACAACUCCUCUUUCUUAUAAGCCUAGUGACACAGGAGAAGCAAAACAGACCUAUGAGUUUCUCCAAAAGUGGCUAGUGGAGAAUCCACAGUUUGUCUCAAACCCUAUCUAUGUCGGCGGAGAUUCUUACGCCGGUAUAGUUGUUCCAGCUAUUGUACAACAGAUCUCAAUAGGAAAUGAACAUGGCUAUAAACCUCAAAUAAAUCUUAAGGGUUAUAUUCUUGGGAACCCUUCAACAGAUCUUGAUAGUGAUCAUAACUCCAAGAUUCCGUAUGCUCAUCGAAUGGGACUUAUCUCUGAUGAACUCUACGAGUCGCUUAAGAGAACCUGCCAAGGAAAUUAUGUAAAAGUGGAUCCUACUAAUACAAAAUGCUUGAAAUUGAUGGAGGACUACGGAAAGUGUGUUUCAAGGAUAAAUGAAGGACUCAUUUUGAUAGCAUUGUGUGAUUUGGCAUCACCAAAUCCUUAUUCAGGAGAACACGGUGGAAGAAGCUAUCUUCAGACACUUGUUCAAUCAGAUCUUUCUCUUCCCACUCCUGAUUGCUAUAUGUACCGGUAUUUGCUAGCUUCACAUUGGGCUAAUGAUGAAGAUGUACGCAGAGAACUUCAUGUGGUGAAAGGAAGUAUAGGGAAAUGGAUGAGAUGCAAUUGGGAUUUGCCUUAUGAGAAAGACAUAAAGAGCAGUGUGCCGUACCAUCGAAACAAUAGCAUCAUAGGGGAUUAUCGGUCAUUGGUUUAUAGCAGUGAUCACGACAUGAUGGUGCCUUAUAUUGGAACUGAAGCUUGGAUCAAAUCUCUAAACUACUCAAUAACUGACGAUUGGAGACCUUGGUUUGUUAACAAUCAAGUUAUUGGAUAUACAAGGACUUACGCCAAUAAUAUGACAUUUGCCACUAUCAAAGGAGGAGGGCACACCGCAGAGUAUAAACCAGAGGAAAGCUUCAUGAUGUUCCAAAGGUGGAUAAGUGGCCGACCUCUCUAGCAUCUAACCGGAGAGGUGUUAAUUAGUACCAACAAAAAUCAUUGAAAAGCAAUGCCUAAAAUACAUUCAUUAUCACUAGGUUGGAAUGUAUCUUUCAAAUUACCAGUUCAAUAAUCAUGUAUUUUAUAAUUCAUUUACAAAUAAUGUAACUCAAUUCGCAAGCUUGAUAUCUUUGAUCCCACCACCGGUUAUCGCUAGAUACUACGGCGGUUUAGCAACUCUGUAACUCAUUCUUCG